GACUCCUACAAGAGCAAGAGAAGGCAGGCAGGCUGUUGAACUCAGAUUUGAUAUUUUCCCUUAGGGAAUUCGUCUCAGACUUACAAGACACUCGAUUUUUUUCGACAGUUUGUUUUAGAGUUUUAAACAGGAGCCAUCAGACAAGACGACAGAGAAGAUUCAAUACAAGUUCAACUCAUGUCAUUCGUGUUCAUAACUUAGAGAGACAAGUCUGGGGUGAAAACAAGGUCAAAAAAGACACGAGGAUUUGGAGGACGAAUCUGAGAUAAAGUUGAGGGCUUUGGUAUCCGCAAGACUUCGUUUAGCCGUAGAUAGAAUCCGACACUCGUGUCUAAGAGGCCCGGGACGGUCAUUCUGCUGGAGCAAGUCUGGUAAGAGGACACGAAAACCCGCCAAAAAACUCGCCUUGGAAGGGACUUACAACAGCGUGGAAGUACCAAAAGCAAGAAGCCGCUGUCAAGAUUGUGGAGCUAAAUUAAAAGAACCCUGCCUCCGAACUGAGAGCAGAAUAACUGAAGAUUCUACUCACUUGAUUUAAACUGAGCUCAACCAUCUCAACCUGGUUCAUUUUAGUCGAGGACCUCGUCAGACCUGGUCAAAAGGUGCAGAAAGGAGAAGCUUUGAAAUUAGAGCGCGACCUCUGGGGAUUUGCCAUUUGCUGCAGCAACUUGAAGAAGACACAAUAAACUACAAUAUCAGUAACAUGAAGAAUUUUGCAAGAUGUGUGGUGCUGUUGGAGAUCGUUCUUUAUGCCACGUCGUUUCAGUGGUCUGGAUUUGGAAAAGGUAAAUGGACUCAAUGGAGUGACUGGACACCGUGCAGUAGAUCAUGUGGCGGCGGAACGACUACAAGGAGAAGAACAUGUCAGGACCCUAUCAGCCAUCGUAAUUAUCCACAAUUCAUAUUGAAAAUCUACCGCCAGCAAAACCAAGGCAGCUGUAGAGGCCCGGAUGUAGAGUAUAGCACUUGUAAUUUACAGGAUUGUCCGGUGAACCGUAAAUUAACACGUAAUGAUGCAGUCACAUCGCGAGCUCGUCAAUGCGCCAAGUUUAACGGCACUUCCUUUAAUGGUUAUUUCUUCAACUGGGUUCCUUAUUUACGAGCGUCAGAUAGCAAGGAAUGUGAGCUGAACUGUCUGGCUAAAGGCCACAAGUUCUUCUUAAGAUUGCUUCCAAAAGUAGAAGACGGUACACCUUGUCUGUCAGACCCCGUUAAACUUUGCAUCGAUGGAAAGUGCCAAGAGGCACCGACUGGUUGUGAGAAUGGAAUUUGCUUUACAGCGUCGUUUGAGAGACCCAAACAGAAGAUAUUUGGUUUAUUUACUUCCAAACAAUCUUCUGCAAAAUUAGUGCUUGGAUACAAUGCAGUCAUAACCAUCCCUAAAGGCUCGACUAAUAUAAAUAUUACAGAAAUACAACAAAGCAAAAACUAUUUAGCACUUAAAGCUCAUAAUUCCAAUAAGUACUUCCUCAAUGGUGAAUGGGUGAUAGAUCUACCAAGAGGCUACAAGAUAGCCGGAGCUAAUUUUUAUUACAAGCGACCCAAGCGAAACCAGAAGUUUAAUGAAGCUAUUGUCUCUGAUGGACCGACAAGAGAAGCUCUGGAUCUCAUGAUAAUUUACCAAGGAGACGAACCAAAUAUUAUGUAUUCCUACUACCUUCCUGGGGGGUUCCCCAGAGAUCGUUCACGGCUCCCCCAACCCGCAGAACCUAAUGCGUACAGACGAAGACUUCAAGGCGCCGCUAGAGAGUCACGUGGAGGGAUUACGACACUGCCACAGCGUCGUCCGCAGGUUCAAUAUGAAUGGAAAUUAGCGGGGUUUACUCAGUGCACAAAAUCUUGUGCUGGUGGCCUACAGUCAGCCAUUUUUCACUGUGUGCGAACGGCUUCCAAUUCAAGGAUACAGGAAUCGUUUUGCAAUCGUGCUUCAAGACCAGUACCUCGACAGAAAGUCUGUAACCUGCAGCCCUGUCCGCCAAGGUGGGUGCCAGGCAAAUGGAUAAAAUGUUCCAAAACAUGCGGAGAAGGAGUCGAAAUAAGGAAUCUUCGUUGUAAACAAAUCGUCGACGAAGACGGUGUCCAGAAAGACAAAAUGUUACCCAUCAGAAGCUGUCCACAGUGGUCAAGACCACAAGUUACCAGGCCCUGCAAURAAGCGCCUUGUCCUCCGCCCAGCCGGUGGAACCCAGGGGAGUGGGGCAAGUGUUCAGUGACCUGCGGAAGUGGAGUUCAGACGAGAGGGAUUAAUUGUGUUAGUAUUAGAACAAAUGAGACGAUAAAUUCAAGAGUGUGUGCGGAAUCUCAAGCACCGAAGCCUGCAGCAGCGCGCAGAUGCUCUCAGGGGUCGUGUAAAACAUUCUGGUUCACCUCAUCAACUUGGUCUGAGUGUUCUGUUGCAUGUGGUCAAGGGCAACAACAUCGGUUAGUAUUCUGUGGACGGGGUGGCGGUGAGGCAAUUCCUUCAAAACACUGCAAAGGUGGAAAACCAAGCGAGACAAGACCAUGUAAUCGACCUCAGUGCCAAGCGACAUGGGUAACGUCAAACUGGUCCAAGUGUUCUGUGGAGUGCGGAAAUGGCGUCCAGACACGAACAGUGUUUUGUGCUGGUAAGGUAGGUGGUAUGUUCCAGGAGUAUCCGAUCGAUGCCUGUCCUCGAUCCAAGAAGCCAAAGACCAAAAGACCUUGCGGAAAUGAAAAUUGCCCACCACAGUGGUUUACUUCCGGGUGGAAAGAGUGUUCACGUACGUGUGGAGGAGGUAGCCAAACAAGAGAGGUCAUCUGUAUGAACCACAAAGGUCAAAAGGUCGGUGGAUGCGAAAACAACUCACGACCAGCCUACCUGGAAAGAUGUAAUACCUCAUCGUGUCCAGGAAAGAAAACCAGAAGGCACAAGAAACCUAACUGCAAGGAUAAAUCACCAUCUAUCUGCGCAAUCGUGAUCCGUGCACGUUUUUGUAUAUACAAACACUACGCAAAUAUGUGUUGUGAGAGCUGUUCAAAUACAUGAGAAGAGAGGACGCUAGAGAAGAAUAGUUAAAUCAGUAGGACAAAAAUAUCAAGAGAAAAAACGUGGUUAUCGGAAACGAAGCAUCUGGGAUGCUUUAGCUUUUUUAUCGAGUUUGGCUGAGAAGGACAUAAAGAAUUCUURUAAAUAUAUAUAAUACUAAGAGAAAUACCACAUGGAACGUAGGACAGUAAAUAUUCUAUUGGACGAUGGAACUCAACGCUGCAGAGCAUGCUUGAUCUGGAGGUAUAUCGUCGUUCUACCUUAAAUACCUUCCCAUUAUCUAAAUAACAUCAUCCAUGACUAAA